UUCUUGCAGUGUUUUUCAGAAGAAGUCUCUCUGUCUCUCCUCUGGACUCACACACAGUAACCGUUCUGUUCUGUGGUCUGUUUUCUCUCCCCAGGUGGAAAAUGGUGGUGAAUAUAUCCUGGAGACCAUCGACUCGCUACAGAAAACCUCCUGGGUCGCUGACAUCCAGGACUGCAUGGACCCUGGGGACAGUGGAGAUGACAUUGAGCUGGAGUCAUGUCCCAACGGCCAGGCGUCUAAAGAGUUCUCCAUGGUGGUAUCCUGCAGCUGUGAGCUUCUGUCAGAGGGUGUCCAUCGUGUCGCUGACAAAUCCUGUGGCUCAGCAGCAGCAGAACUGUAUAGCGCCCCCUCUGUCCGCUGCAGAGAACUACCCUUCACCCAGCACCCUUCCCAUGUUCCCCUGGAGAACUUCCUCCAGUCCCCAGAGGCCCAGGAGAAAAGCCCCACCACAGGUGAGGGAGCGACCGAGGCGGAGGCUGACCCCAGCCUGGCAACCUACCCAUGGUUCCACGGGACGUUGUCACGCGUACGGGCGGCCCAACUGGUGCUGGCGGGCGGCGCUAGGAGCCACGGGCUGUUUGUGAUUCGCCAAAGCGAGACGCGGCCGGGGGAGUACGUCCUCACCUUUAAUUUCCAGGGAAAAGCUAAGCAUCUGCGUCUGUCGGUGAAUGGUAAGGGCCAGUGUCAUGUUCAUCAUCUGUGGUUCCACACCGUGUCAGAUAUGCUCAGGCACUUCCAUGCCCACCCCAUCCCUCUGGAGUCAGGGGGCUCCGCUGACAUCACACUGCGUUCCUACGUACAAGUACAGGGUACCCCCACAGAAAGAUAUCCCGUCUCUCUCUAUUGCUCUCACACAGAUGGGACCAUGCCUCAGCUCCCAACCCCACCCAGGGACCAAGGCUGCCGUGCUGACCCAGCCCAGCCAACCCUUCACCUCCCUGGGGUCUCACAGCCGGCAGGGCCCCCCUCCGACACUCAGCUCUCCUCCAGCUCCUCAUCCUCACCAACCGCUCUUCCUUCCCUCUCCCGUGGUGAGCCAGGCAGCGGAGGAGGAGGAGGAGGAGAAGAAGGAGGAGGGCUGGUUAGCAGGAGCAACAGCUCAGAACGUCUGCUAGAUCCCUCUAGUGGUGCCUCGGAGGACUACCAGGAGACAGACGGAACACGCAGGGCCAGAGCUGUGGAGAACCAGUACUCCUUCUACUGAGACUGGGCGCAACCAAACCCGGGAGCUCUCAUUGGCUGAGACACAGGACGUGCAGGGAUGGCUGGGGAGUGUGGAUGGACAUGGAUCACUCAUUAUCUUGUUUAUUUUCUUGUUUGUUUUCCAAGAGAUGUGCUGUUUCUCCAAUGUGACAAGGAAGCAUAUUAGAUUGUAUGCCAGUCUGUGUCCACUUAGCCGUUGGCUCUUUGGCCACCCUCAUCAUCAGCUGACAUUAAAUAUAUGAAGAAACUGAUGAUUUAGUCUUGAGAGGGAGGGAUGGAUGGAUGGAGAUCGAGAGAUAGAUGAGGGAGAAG